UAAAGCCCUUUGUCAUCCCUACAAAACAUGCUCUAAAUAAAGAAACAAUCCAAUUCCUCAAUUCUCCUCAAUUUCUUCAUCAACCACCCAAGAAAUUUAACUCCUCUCCAUUUCUCGGAAGAUCGAUUUUUACUCCGGUUACCUCCACCUAUGGCCGGAGCCUGUAGCUUGGCGCUAUGGAUCAGCUGUUGUACAAUGAUGAUGGUCUCAACGAAUGUUAUAGCAGGCGUUAUACCGGGUUUAGGGGUGAACUGGGGGAACAUAGCGUCCCACCCGUUACCUCCGGACAUAGUUGUGAAAAUGUUGAAAGAUAAUAACAUAACCAGGGUUAAGCUUUUCGACGCGGAUGCUUGGACCGUGAAUGCAUUGGCUGGUUCGGGCAUUGAGGUUAUGCUUGCCAUACCUAAUAAUAUGUUGCAUUAUAUAGCCGAUAGCGAGGAUAAUGCUAAAGAUUGGGUUAGAGAAAAUGUCACAGAACAUCAAACGUCCGUUGAUAUCAGAUAUGUUGCUGUCGGAAAUGAACCAUUCUUGGCUGCCUACAACAAUUCAUUCGACAAAACUACAUUCCCAGCUCUACAAAACAUACAAAAAGCUCUCGACAAAGCCGGACUCGGAGACAAAAUCAAAGCUUCCGUCCCCUUAAACGCCGACGUUUACGAAGGAACUUUACCAUCUCAAGGAGUUUUCCGUAAAGAUGUCCGAGAUGUCAUGACCAAAAUUGUGAAUCAUCUUCAAGAUCAUAAAGCUCCAUUCAUCGUUAACAUUUACCCUUUUAUUAGUCUCUACCAAAGCUCUAGUUUCCCAUUCGAAUACGCCUUUUUCGAUGGCGGUAGCAAGACCAUUCAGGACAAAAACCUUGCUUACACUAAUGUUUUCGAAGCUAACUAUGAUACUCUUGUCUGGGCGUUGAAGAAAGCUGGUGUUCCUGAUCUUAAAAUCCUCGUUGGAGAAGUAGGUUGGCCGACAAAUGGUGAUAUAAAUGCUAAUGAGAACUUAGCGAAAAAAUUCUACGACGGUCUCUUCAAGAAACUCGCAGCGAAAAAAGGAACUCCCCUUCGUCCGGGAGUAUUGGACGUGUAUUUAUUUAGUUUGGUCGACGAAGACAUGAAAAGUAUUAUGCCGGGUAAUUUUGAGAGACAUUGGGGGAUCUUUCGCUAUGACGGACAACCCAAGUUUCCGAUGGAUUUAUCCGGUCAAGGAAACGAUAACAUGCUUGUCGGAGCGAAAAACGUUCAGUAUUUACCGGCACAGUGGUGUGUACUUAGCCCAGAUGUCAAGAACAAGAGUAUGAUACCAAAAGAAAUAAACUAUGCAUGUUCAUUAUCGGAUUGUUCAAGCUUGGCUUAUGGAUCUUCAUGCAAUAAAUUGAGUGAUACUGGGAAUGUUUCGUAUGCUUUUAAUAUGUACUUUCAAAUGAAUGAUCAAGAUGUUGAAGCUUGUGAUUUCAAUGGAUUGGCUACCAUUGUUAGAAAAAAUGCUUCCUCUGGGGAUUGUCUUUUUCCUGUUCAGAUUAUAAGUUCCGGAGAGAGAGUCAUGUUGGGAUUUUUUUCGUUUCGGGUUUUGGUUGGAUUGUUAUUGCCAAUCUUUCUGUUCAUGUAAUGUAAUCUGAAGAUGACAAUAUCAAUAUCAUGACUUGAGUUUCAAUUUGGUACCAAAAUUUUAGUUUGUAUCAUGGUAUCAAAAAUUUAAUUUAUAUUCCAAGAGAUAGUUGUCGGAUAAUUCAGAUUGGCGUCGAUUAGUUUCCGUGCAACAUGGCCUUAUUAGAAGCUCUACAUUCAAGGGACAACCACCUAUCAUGGAUGUUUUUGAAAUUGGUAUCGGUCAACCGCCGGAUAAUACAUGUAGAAAUCGACAAAAGAUUUAUGAACCUCUGCUGUCACAUACCGUAAAGGUUCAUUUCUAAAUACAUAUAUAUCAUUGAAAUGUAAAAAGCUUAUUGAAAUAUUUGGUUUUAUACAGUGAAUUAAUUGUACUUCUGUCAGAUUCAACCUCAAUGAAAAGCAGGGGAUGUUAUUCCUGUUUCAUAUGUA